UAGUAUUGAUUACAUUAAAAACUAGUAAUGUAAAAUAAUUUUUGUGAUUUUAUUUAAAUAGUAGAUAUUCAAUAUAAAUAAUCUAUAUAUGUUAGAUAUUUAAAUUAUUACAACAUUUUAGACUAUAAAAAAUGUUGUUCAAAAAAACUACAUCAAUUUACGUUAAUUUGAUAACAUUUUUACAAUUAUUUUUUGUUUCGACAACAUUAUGCAUGAAAAUUGUUGACUGGCCAACAAUACCGGGUGCUCCACAAUAUACCAGUGCUGGCCGGGGAUGUCUUAUGAAACUAGACAAACAAAUUGAGCAAUGUCAAACUAGUGAGAUCAACUAUUGGAGUUAUCAGGAUGGCCAACAAAUUAAAUUAGUCGAUGAUUGUUGCGCUAAAUGGGAUUAUAUUGAAUGCACCAUGGACAUCCUAAAUAAGACUCAUGAUUGCAAUUACGAAGAAUUGAAUGAUUUGAAUCAAUGGAUACAAAAUAUGGAGAAUUACAUUGAAAAUCAUACGUGUGUUGACUAUCCUCGGGGAUCGGCUGUCUGUGUGAUACAAAUGCUACGGUAUGAUAUGGCUAACAGUACUCCGUCGACACAACCGCCACUACCGGACCCUUUGACUAUUGACUGUCUGACCGAUGAGAUGACACGUGAUGCUAGAGAUACCUGUGCCCGAGUUGCACGACAACAGUGGAACGUUACCCAAAAUACUACAUCAAUAAGACAACUGUGUUGCGCCACUUGGGCUGACAUCGACUGUUUGGAUCAAAUUGCAAAAGUCAGAUGCAAUCAAUCUGAGACUAAUGAUGUCGAGAGAUAUUUCAAACAGAUUGAAGAUUGGCUCGAGGACAAUUAUUGUAAUGACUACUACUAUCACAGUUAUAAUUGUACGCUUAAUACAACACAAUUAGUAGAACGACCACAUGUUUCGACAUUUCCAUUAAAAAAUAUUGCAUUUAAUUCAACCGGAAUUGAUUUAACUGACAAUAAAUUUAAAAAGGAAAUAACUUCUAAUACGGCUAGUGAUGAUAAUAGUAAUAACAAUAGUAAUAAUGUAGUGGCUCUUAAUAAUGGUGAUCAUCAUCAUAGACUACUGGAGCUCAUGAUGUCUAUACUGCCCUAUCUGUUAGUUAUAAUGACAGUGUUGGCCAUAGUAUUGUUGGCAGUGAUUGUCAUUCAAUGUUAUAUAAUUAAGCGUCAAAUACGCAAUGAUCGACAUUACGCACACAUCAAACAACAGGGCUAUCAUCGUAUUAAUUAUUUUUAGCAUGCUCAUAUUUAUUAUAAUUAACAUAGUAAUAGUUAAUUAGUAUUACAAUGUUAAUAAAUGUAUUUAUUAGUUUUUGUUAAAAUC